AUGGCGGCUCUUAGGGCAUUUUUAUUCUUUCUAACGCUAGGCGCGCGCGCGCACACAGCUGCAAUAACAGAGGCGCCCUCUGUACGCGCUGAUGACGUCACACUCACUUUGGAGCCGAUCCUCACUGGAGGAUUCCACCUCGUUCUGACUGAGGACAACCAACGUGAGGUGUUCGGUCAGGUCGGGCGCACGUUAGCAGCUCCAUUCACAGUAACUGACGUAGAAGGUGGUCUAUUGGUCAGGAUUGGCAAUGUGAACCUCACUAUCAACACCCUGUACGAGGCAGCCACCCAGGCUAGGGGCAUCAAGUUCAGCUGGGAAGCUGAUCAGUAUACCAGACUAGAGGACUGCAUCGAUUUCGGGACAAAACAUUGGUAUGCGGGACCUAUGCAAGUGGACCAGGUCUACCCAAUCGAAACUGCGACACAAGUCUACAGGCCAAGCUACAUUCAAGAAACCGACAAUGGUGCUAUCAUGGAGAGGUAUUGGCUCAACUCCGCAGGAGAGUACGUCAUUGUUCACGACAAGAUCCCACUCUUCGUGGACUACAAGAACAUUUUGAACAACCACAUAUGCUUCGGAGCCCAACUAGCAGGUCCCUACUCCACAAACAGACCACGUACUAUAUUAGCUUACGAUAUAUGGUUUUUGUCAGAUGUCAAAGCAGCUCACAAACACGCCAUUGCCAACUAUCUUGGCAAGCCUUCAGGAACUCCAGACUUCCAAAUGGUUCAGCAUCCAAUCUGGUCUACUUGGGCCCAAUACUCCAGAGAGAUCAACGAGACAAAGCUCCUGGACUUUGCUCAACAAAUUAGGGACAAUGGUUUCAACAACUCUCAGUUUGAGAUUGAUGACCAGUGGGAGACGUGCUAUGGCUCUCUUGUGGUGAAUGAGGAGAAGUUCCCUGACUUGAGGCAAACUGUGCAGGACCUCAAGGCUUUGGGAUACCGUGUCACGAUUUGGGCACAUCCUUUCAUUAAUAGAAACUGUGAUCCUUGGUUUUCGGAAGCUGUGGAUAGGGGCUUCUUCGUGUUGGAUGAGAGUUUAAGCACCAACACGUCAUGGUGGAACAACAAUGGUACCAAUGCUGGGUACAUUGACUUCACCAACCCAAAGGCUGCUGACUGGUACUAUGACAGACUUAAGGACGUACUCGACACUUAUGGAAUAGACAGCGUCAAGUUUGAUGCGGGAGAGGCUAGCUUUGCACCUGAGGUUGCCAUCCAGACAGGUGACAUUGAAUUCCAGCCCCAUCACUUGGUGCAACAGUACGCAAAAGUGUGCGCUACAUUCGGAAACAUGGUAGAAGUCCGAGCUGGAUUUAGGACCCAAGACCUUCCGAUAUACGUGCGCAUGGUGGACCGUGACUCCAUCUGGGGGCUGAACAACGGACUGGCCACUGUCAUCACAACCACCUUCCAGAUGAACCUGAACGGAUACCCCUUCGUGCUGCCAGACAUGAUCGGAGGCAACGGCUACAACCUAGACCACGAACAGGCGGAUUUGCCAACUAAGGAACUGUUCAUCAGAUGGGUGCAAGCCAACACAUUCUUGCCUGUGAUGCAGUAUUCAUUCGCACCUUGGAAUUUCGAUAAUGAGACAGUACAAAUAAGCAAGAAAUACACAGACCUUCACGCUGAAUAUGCAGACGUGAUCUUCGACGCCAUGGAGGCAGCAGUGGCUGAUGGAACUCCCGUCAACACUCCUCUCUGGUGGAUCGCUCCCAAUGAUGAAGAGGCUCUCGUGAUCUGGGAUGAAUAUCUCCUGGCAGAAACAGUUUUAGUGGCUCCAGUACUGACUGAAGGAGCUAGAUCUCGUGACAUCUACCUACCAGCUGGUGUUUGGUAUGAGGAAGGCGACUUGGAGAAACCUAUCGAAGGCCCCACAUGGAUCCGUAACUACCCAGCACCCUUAGACGUACUCCCAUACUUCGUCCGCGACAAAUCUGUAUCCCACGAUUCCAGUGUAUCUCUCUACACUUCUGCUAUCCUAGUAGUUUUAGGCUUAAUAACUAAUAUUAUUGCUAUAAGGAAUUAA